UCUGCGCAGACGCCCAUUACAUCCAUGUUGUCUCCGAAGAGGGAAUCGGCGUCAGCAAUACUGACGGAACGAUUUAGAUGUGUUUUUGUUUAUUAGCAUACAUUUAUUUUUAAAAAAAAUCCCACGAGGAAUAUGGAACUUCAAAUGGCUGUCGUUAGGUAGAAUGAUGUGUUUGCAGUCAGCAACCGUGCUAUUUAUUUUUCUUAAUGUUAUGUAAGAACAGAGUCGGUACGCGGCGCCUCUUGUACGGAAUUGAGGCGUAAUAAUGAAUAACGCGCAAGAUAUGUCUCCUGAUUUUGUCUUGAUGCGCUUGGUUUCUGCGGCUGAAUAUGACCGAUUGGACGAUGAGAAUUUGACGUUGGGCGGUGGAGUGGUUUCCGGAUUCGGGAAAGCUGUCUUGGGUAAUCAUGGCAACAAUAUCAACAAUGGGUUUGAAUUUGAUCCGAACAACCCCACAGCAGGCCCGGCGAUUCCGAGCAAUCCCUCCCCGCACUAUAGUUCACAGGUCGAGAGCCGGACGGGAGCCCUUGACAGCGGCUUGAUGCUGACUCGACCCUCAGCUUCUGAUGCGCCUCAACCACCAGACUUCGCCGUGGCUCACCGCUUCGAUUUCCCUCAUGGCGCGGGCAGAGGGUCGCGGGCUCAGCUCAUGGUGUUUCAGAACCUCCUUAGGACAAGCGACGGUGUUUUUGAAUGCGGCCUCCAGCAACCACCUGGCUUCCAGGUAAGUGAGGUUGAUAAACAGGAAGCCAGUUCUGUCUGUGUCAUGAUGACCAGUGACAACAACAUGGAUGUGCAACACCAGAGGCUUCAGUGGCACCCCAUUAUGAAGCUGUCCAAGGUGGUCACAGAUGCUGGAGAGGGAGAUGGGCUCUGCCACCGGCACCGCCUGGUCACUGAUGCCAUGGACUGGCCUCCGCUCCUGGACAAGUCCCCCCGCUUCGACAUCCUGGACCCCAGGAAGACCUGUUCAACAGGGGACACGAACUACCACCACCUGGACGAUACGGUGCUCAACCUGGCCCGGAGGCUGGGGGAGCUGGGCCAGGCCUCAGAGAUGCUGCUGAAGGAGAGGGGAGAGAUGACUCGCUGUUCCUGUCAGAGCAUCCUGGUUUCGGCAACUGGGGGCAUGGGCCCCGGAGAGGACCCUAGUGAAACCAGUGACGCCCUCCUUGUGCUGGAGGGCCUGGACUCGGAGGAAGUGGGGGAGCUAGGGAUGGGCGGGGAGGAUUUUAAAGGUGGUGUCCCCGGGCAGGAGGGCGAGACGGACACGGGGCAGGACGGGCGGGGGGCUUUCUCCAGCGGUUCCCUCACGGGACUAAUGAGGCAGGUACACAGGCUGGCCGGGGAGGCCCGUACCUGUGACCCCCAGGUGUGUCCCUCCCCGUUGGAUUCCCUGGGCUCUGCUGCAGCCUUAACAUCUUCGUCCCUGUCUCUGGCCUCUAACACCACAGGCCAGCAGGCGGUGGAAGCCUCCGCCACCCUACCUGGCACCUUACCCUCACAGGACCCUCCCAGCCAAACCUCCCAGUCCCAGCACCAAAGCAGGGCCACAACGCCGGAGUUAGGGGUGAUGUUGCGAGCCGCCUCACCCUUGGUAGUAGAGGGGGCAGCAGGGGGCGAGAAGACGACCAGAGGGAAGUCUAGGAAAGGCUCUCUGAAGAUCCGUCUGAGCAAACUAUUCCGGACCAAGAGCAGCAGCGGCUCCAGUCACCUACUGGACAAGAGGCCCUCGCUGGCCUCCUCCACCUCCUCCGGGGGCAGCCAGAUGGAUGUGUGGGGCUCCGGAUCCACCAGCACAGACCAGGACACAGGGAGCAAACUCCAGCACUCCAGGCCCCAAAGUGCCUUCUCUCCGGUGGCCUUCGGUCCUGCCUUCACCGGUAAUUGUGAGACUGUGUCCCUGGUAGACGUGGAUAUUUCUCGUAGAGGGGUGAACUCUCUGCAACCCCCGACACCUCCACCUCCGCCCAGACGAAGCCUCAGUCUGCUGGAUACGUUCCUGCGGGGCCUCCCCCGGCCCAUUCCGCUGCCUGGCGGCGGCCAGAACCCGUCUCGGGUGGACCAGCGCCCCAUGCUGUGCCCACUGAGCCGCCCCGAUGCCAGCAGCUUUGCCAGCAGCCUCCGAGAACUGGAAAAAUGUGGCUGGUACUGGGGUCCUAUGAACUGGGAGGAUGCAGAGAUGAAGCUGAAGGCCAAGCCAGAUGGAGCGUUCCUGGUGAGGGACAGCUCUGACCCCCGGUACAUCCUCAGCCUCAGCUUCCGCUCCCAGGGAGUCACACACCACACACGCAUGGAGCACUACAGAGGAACCUUCAGCCUCUGGUGUCACCCAAAGUUUGAGGACCGCUGUCAUUCUGUGGUGGAGUUUAUCGAACGGGCCAUCAUGCACUCCAAGAACGGAAAAUUCCUCUACUUCCUGCGUUCACGGGUCCCAGGCCUCCCCCCGACCCCGGUCCAGCUGCUGUACCCAGUGUCCCGCUUCAGCAGUGUCAAGUCCCUGCAGCACCUCUGUCGCUUCUGCAUUCGCCAGCUGGUCCGCAUAGACCACAUCCAGGAGCUCCCCCUGCCCACGCCUCUCAUAGUCUACCUGCGAAAGUUCUACUACUACGAUCCUGAGGAGGAGAUGUACAUGUCAAUCAAGGAGAUGGGGCGGGACACGACCACCCAACUGGCGACUGGCCAGCCGGAGUCGCAAACGUAGCAUUUGGAAGAUCAUUGGAUCAAGUUUUUUUAUACAUGGGAGCAGCUUACCUGAAGACUGAUGGUGACUGUGCUUGGGGACAGUCUCACUCAAACCCUCUUGUGCCAGACUGUGUUGAACUGGAAGAGCUGACUGACUACUUGCCAUUGUGCUAACUACAGUAAGCCCCCCCCCAGCUAAAACUGGACGUCACUGCAACGUUGAAACGAGCGCACCCUUGAGCUGGAGGCUAAGACGAUAGGUUGAGAGUCGAAGUAUAUGGAACCAAAUCAGUUUUGGAAAACGAUGCACUUGUCCUUUUUUUGUACAUCUGCUCUGAAAAGGUCUGGGAAAAGGGACAGCUCGUUGUUUGGACCAGAGUAUAAAAAGUUGUCUAUUGUAUGUCAGCCAAGGCAGAGAAACUGUACCCACCUUUCUGAUCUGAUGCAUUCUCAACUACAGAGAAAUAUAAUUUUUCCUCUUAAAAUAUUUGGUUGCCACUGGUUUGAUCGGCCCCUUUUUUGAAUUGACUGCCUGAGGUGUGUGUGUCUGCGUGCCUGUAUGUGUGUGUAAAUACUGUGUGUUGGCGUUAACUCUGGUUAUCCACCAACAGCUAUUUGGUGGCGUAACAUCACUGGAGGAUAUCGUGGUUGGCUCUCAACUCUGGAAUCCAACUGGAAUUCUCUUGCUAUACUGUCAUUGAGCAAAUGCGUUACCAGAACAAAUAAUAAUAAAACUUGAUGGAAUUUAAAA